CAACCGGGGAGCAGAAUGUCAAGACAGCAGCAGCACCGGACGCCGUUAAAACUCACCGACAACGUGGUGGAGGUCAAGAGCAAAUUUGAUGCAGAAUACCGUCGCUUCGCUCUGAAGAAGAACGGCCCGGGUGGCUUCCAGGAGUUCUACCGCCUCCUCCAAACCAUCCAUCACAUCCCCGGUGUAGACGUGCUGCUGGGAUACGCAGAUGACCAUGGAGACCUCCUCCCAAUCAAUAACGACGACAACUUCCACAAAGCUGUCUCGUUAGCCAAUCCUCUGCUCCGUAUCAUCAUAACCAAGAAAGAGGAUGAACCGUUAGUUUUUGCCACCAACUCCCUCCAGAGGCGUAAAAAGGGUCUGGGUCUAAGUGGACUCCGCACCACUGGUUCAGGCUCCACCCACUCAAAGAGAGGACCAGGCCUCAUGAUUGGUGAACCGCAGGACUUCAGGCAGAUCUCUUCUAUCAUUGAUGUGGACAUCUUACCUGAGACACACCGACGCGUUCGUCUCCACAAGCAUGGUACCCACAAACCACUGGGCUUCUACAUCCGUGACGGGGUUAGCGUCCGAGUGACACCACAGGGGGUCGAGAAGGUUCCAGGGGUGUUCAUAUCCCGUCUGGUACGCGGUGGGCUGGCAGAGAGCACAGGGCUGCUGGGAGUUAAUGAUGAGAUCCUGGAGGUCAACGGCAUCGAUGUAGCAGGAAAAUCUUUGGAUCAGGUGACAGACAUGAUGGUGGCCAACAGCCACAACCUCAUUGUAACAGUGAAACCAGCUAACCAGAGGAACAACGUGGUGCAUCGUGGGAGUAAAACUUCAGUGGGCAACUCUAGUUCGGUGGGCUCAGCUGGAUCUACAGGCUCCGCUCCGUCACAUGACUCACCAAGCCCCGCCUCUCAGAGCAACCCCAUCACUGCAAGCAACAGCAUUGCAGAGGGUGACAGCGAUGACGAAGACGACGACGGCGACCUCAUCCUGGAGAACGACUGCCUGACACCUUACGAAUCUCACCGGGUAGCAAACAGCAACAACACUAACCUCAACAGAGACUCACCUAGCAACAGACUGCACAACUCCACUGUGGUUAGGCACCUCCCACAGAGUGUCUCAUUGCCCAAUAGCAUGGGGGCAUCCCUGAGUGACAGCUCCAUGUUGAUGUCCAAUCACAACGGAAAUCCCGCCCACUCAGUCAGUAGCAGUCAAGAGAGUAUGAGAGAGGACGGCAACAUAAUAACACUGUAA